CCUGGUGUGGUCUGGCCGGCCUCCCCGCAGAGUCGGCCCGGUGGCAGAGACCACAGGGCGUGCCCGUCACGGGCCAGAGGCAGAGGCACACCUGGGACCAUGCUUCUCUGCUGUCCCCACCACCCAGUCCCUGCCCCGUAAGAGUGAUGGGCGUCUAGUGAGAAGGAUGCACUGGUAGAAGGUCCACGUGGCAGCAGAGUCCACGUGGCAGCAGACGCUCGCACCUGCCUCUGAGCUGGUCGCUGAGCAUGCUGGUCGUGAUGCCUUCUGAUUGGUCGUUGCUUGUGGGGCCAGGGCUUGCCUGUGGACGCUCCUGAGGGCCUGCCGGGUGCCAGGUGGCCCCUACAGUGACCCUGAGGGUCAGAGUUAGGGCAUGGUCUAGAGACCCAGACAAGGACAAGGAACCAGCCCCGGAGGUUCUGAUCCCUGCGCAGUCUCUGCCUGCUCUUGGCCUUGGGUGCAGCCGGCGCCAUGGGCAAGCAGAACAGCAAGCUGCGGCCCGAGGUGCUGCAGGACCUGCGGGAGAACACGGAGUUCACGGACCACGAGCUGCAGGAGUGGUACAAGGGCUUCCUCAAGGACUGCCCCACCGGCCACCUGACCGUGGACGAGUUCAAGAAGAUCUACGCCAACUUCUUCCCCUACGGCGACGCCUCCAAGUUCGCCGAGCACGUCUUCCGCACCUUCGACACCAACGGCGACGGCACCAUCGACUUCCGGGAGUUCAUCAUCGCGCUGAGCGUCACGUCGCGGGGCAAGCUGGAGCAGAAGCUCAAGUGGGCCUUCAGCAUGUACGACCUGGACGGCAACGGCUACAUCAGCCGCAGCGAGAUGCUGGAGAUCGUGCAGGCUAUUUACAAAAUGGUGUCCUCUGUGAUGAAGAUGCCCGAGGAUGAGUCCACUCCGGAGAAGCGGACAGACAAGAUCUUCAGGCAGAUGGACACCAACAAUGACGGCAAACUGUCCCUGGAAGAGUUCAUCAAAGGUGCCAAGAGCGACCCCUCCAUCGUCCGGUUGCUGCAGUGCGACCCCAGCAGCGCAAGUCAGUUCUGAGGGACCCGACGACUGGACAGUGACAGAGAAACAGGCUUGUCUUGCCGUUUAAGCUUUGCUUGCAACAGUGGAUGCCUCGACCAUUCCGCUCCCCCGGCGAGGACAGGUGGCACGUGGCACCUGUCCCGCCGGCAGCUGCACCUCCCCCUCUGCCUGGCCUCCUCCCACGCCUCCCGGUCCCGCCCAGGACGACUUCCGGGGUGUUACACGCAGGGCCCAGUGUUCUCGCUCCCAGGGCAUGUCCCUGCCCCCAGGGAGCCCGGAGGACCCCAUCGGGGACACUGGUGGGACUUUCCAAGACGGCGCCAGGGCCGGCUAAUUUAUUUCGUGAGUGCAGGUGCCCCGGGGGACGGCGAGGACAGGACGGAGGAGAGGGGCCGGCAGCCCUCCCUGCAUGGCCCCACCUCGCUCGCUCGUUUUCUCUGACCAAAGCCACUCGCGUGUCCACAUGCCGUGGUCCCCUUCCUUUUACUGUAUAAAUUAUACGUCUGGUGAUGUGAAGUGUCCGUGUAGGCCCCGUAUUUAAUGCCUCGACUGCCUCUGAAGCGUGGUUUCCUCGUGGCCUGUGAUCCCUCCGAGCCUGGUUCUUUUGUGGUAUUUAUGCCCUCAAUCUGCCCAUUUCAGAAGGAAGUGCAUGCGCGCCCGUUGCCAUGGAGACCCUCGGGUCCACGUGGAGAACGCAGGCAUCGUGAGGUGUGUCCGUUGAUCGGUCCGGCAUUUCCUGUAUUAAAAUGA